ACUCGGGAACCAUGAGAUUAUGACCUAAGCGGAAGUCGGAGGCUUAACCGACUGAGCCACCCAGGUGCCCCUGUUAUUAAUGCUUCUCUAAGUGGCCUGUUGUUGUCCAUAGAAAAGAGCACUCUGGACUGAGUACGUGUGCGACUCUGAAGAGCAAGGCAGGUUGAACUGGAAUUCACGCAGGCACCAUGAAGUCGUCUCACAGAAGGAAGUCAUCUAAUAGCCCUUUAGACCCCACCUUCACUGCUACCUUUAAUUCUUUUGGGUUUCUGGGCCAUGGCAUGUUUUCCCUCUGGGAAAACCAGGACAGGGGAAAAUAUCCAGAAAUCAAUUAAUUAGGAAGGGAGGGGAUUAGGGACCCAUUGGUUGAUGGGGGUGGAAAUCUUAAAAUCAUUUGCAAAGCACCAGCCCCAACAUCCCUUGGGAGACUGAGCCGUGACCUCUUCUCCUGGCGUCCCCGCCCGCUAAAUUCGCUCCUAGAAAAAUCCGCUCACGUCCCCAAGAGCGCAGGAGAGGAUCUCAGUGAGGCGGGAGGCUCUCGUGCCUGCUGGGAGAGGCGGAGCUGGGAUUAACCAGCUCCUUGGCGCUUUUCCUCCGAACUGGGGGAGGCCGAGCACGGACCGAGAAGUAGGCGCCCAACGCCGGGCGCCCGUAAGGGGGCGGAGGAGACUCGGAGGUGGGAGAGCGGGUGGCAAGCCUGGUCCGCCAGCUGCUAUCCGCGCCUAGCGCGCACAACCACCGAGCGCCGGCGCCUCCAGCAUGGAGUGGGAGCUCAACUUUCUGCUCUACCUGGCGCUCUUUUUCUUCCUGCUCUUCUUACUUUUCCUCUUGCUCUUCGUGGUCAUCAAGCAGCUGAAGAACUCUGUGGCCAGCACGGCUGGGGCGCUCCAGCCCGGGCGUCUCUCACUGCACCGGGAGCCUUGGGGCUUCUCCCGAGAGCAAGCGGUGUGACCCGUAAGGCGCGGGCACUAGCGGGAGGGCACGGAGCUGCGCGGGCGCCAGGCUGGGUCUUAGCCUCGACUCUCUGUCCGCGUGGCCACCCAGGUUCCACUGCUAGGCUCCGUGGUAGCGCUGGCAGGUUCGUUCGGAGGUGGAAGGGGCCUGCGGAGGGGCGAGUUUCUCGGCCCCUCGGGGAGGUUCUGGGCUUGAAGCACGCUCUGUUGCCAGGCACGGUGGGUGUAUGGGGUCUGGGCUAGCGCUGUGCUCUUAGGAAUGGACUCUCAGCUUUUCCGGGGUGGGGAGAGAGGGAGAAAGAGAGACGUUCAGCCUUUGGAGCCGGAAUGGCUUUGGGCACCUGCAAGCUCUUCUUCCCAGUCCCACUGCAUUUUAGCUUGUUCCCAAAGGAUGGCAAGCUAAAUCAUUCGGAUAAUUCAGCCCAACCUUCCAUACCAAAUUUGAUUCCAAAAAUCGAAUGUCAACCUAAAUGUCCAAAUUAUUUAGAGUAUGGGCUUUGGGACAAGGAGCAGGAGGAAACAGUGCGCACUUGAAGUAUGCCGAAUACUGCUUUAAAUAUCUUUGCCCUUUGGUAGAGGCUAAAUGGGGUUCGUCUGGCAGCGGCCUAUCUUCCCCUAAAUCCUUGCUCCUCUCCUAGCCACCGACCCGGUUGAUGGCUACAGACUUGCCACACCGGGUGGGUUUAGAAUCUGGAACAGCGGGACGGCGAGCCUUAGAAGUCAUUUGAGAGGUGCCUUGGAGUUGCUCUGGAGGGCCGGUGAAAAGAGGUACUGUUUACACGUUUUAGGGCAAUAGGAAAAAGAGGACCGGAGGAGCAAGGAUGUCUUUUCAGAAUACGUGACUAGACCAUUUGCGAGAAGAUUGACCGGCAGCAAUAAACUUUUCAUUAAUGUGCCCUAAGCACUCUCCAGGCAAUGUCACUUUGGGGAAAUAAGAGUUUCAUCUUCCAGAUGCUUUUUGCUCGAUAUUUGCUGUCUCGAGUUCUGGAGUCAAGCUGCUGCCCUGGGUUGGUGCCUUGAAGGCGGCAACUGCAGCUCCGGUUGGUAAUGGGAAACCCUUCACAGAGGGGACCUGAACAACCCGAGAUGGACGUCUUCUGCCAAUGCAGUGCCACUGGUGUCCAGAGGUGUAAAUGAGCCCCGACUCUUCUAGAAAGGAGACUCUGGAGAACUGAGGGUCCCAAGAUGGUUGCUGCAGCCCCCCCCCCCCCAAGAAGAUGAAGGAAGCUGAAAGAGGAAAUGAGGCACACCAUUUUGAGUCGGCUUCCUUUUAAAGAGCUUUCUCAGCAGCCCAGCAACUUUUACUUACAUCUCAUUGGCCAGACUGUGUUAUAUCUGCAAGGUUGCAUGAGAAAUGUAGUUUUUGUAGCUGGACAUAAAAUAGCCUUCAACAAAAAAUCUGAGGAAAUCUAAGGAAAACGAUGAUUGUGGAUCUUUGGGGAACAGAGUAGCAGUCUGUGCUCUGGCUACAAAAUACGGUUGUAAAGGAGCAUAACGUUUGAAACAGAUCAAAACUGCAACUCCUUCACAACUAACAACACUCCAGGCAACACUGCUCUGCUCAGACAGUAAGCAGAGUGAAGACAUGCUAGGUUUUUUCAUGAAACACCUGCCAGGACUGGCUUUCACAAUCAGCCAUUGGUUUGCCCCACAUCAGGAUUUUCUAGAGGAGGACCCUGGGAACCUGUAUGCUUCCUCAGUGGACAUAAUCUAUGGAGGUUUGGAAUGGGAUAAAGAAUAUUCUACCUUGCUGCUUUCCCAUCUGCUUCACGUAUUCUAAUUUUCCUUACAGAUUUUUGGUGGAGUCUAGUUUUUGUUUGAUCCCCUAAAAGGAUCAUCCCUUUCAUAUAUAGGAGAAGGUAAUCUAUGUAAAGAAAGGCUACUUUACUCCCUUCUGUGACUCCACCACCAACCUAGGAAUAUCCUGGGAGAAGACUUGCUUCUCAAAGCUGCUUCCGUAAUCAGCCUACAUCCUGCCUAAGCAAAGGGAGAAGAAACACUUCCCACAUCCAAGGCUGUCCAAAAGAACUUUCUGUGGUGACAGAAAUGUUCUAUAUUUGCACUGUCCAUUAUGGUAGCCAUUAGCCAUGUGUAACUAGUGAACACUCGAAAUGUGGCUAGUGUGACUGAAGAAGUAAAUUUUAAUUUUAUUUAAUUUUAAAUAAUUAAAAUGUAAAUAGCCAUAUGUGACUAGUGGCUAUUGUAUUGUACAGCUCCAGUAUUCAACCUUCUUUUUCUUGUGUUUCACCAACCACCUGGGAGGGGUUUGGGCCAGUCAUGUGUUUGGUGUUUCAUGGUCUUCACUGUUCUACCUUGCCAUUGAACUUGUCUCCCAGAGAAAAGGAAAAAUGGUAUCUUGGAACUAAAUUCAAGAUGUUAACUUGAUAUCUGCACAUUGCACAUAUUUCUGUAUAAAUGCAAUGAUCUCUUGGGAAUAGGUCCUGUGAUUGAUUUUUGUGAUAAUUGGUGAUGGAAAAAUGGUGGUGAUGGUCCAUUUAGCAUUCCUGGUGAACAUUAUGUAUUCCUAGUGAGGGUGAGUCAGUGGGAAUUAUUUUCUUCUGUUAUGCUUAAUUCUGUUUUACUUUAUUCUUGUAGUAUCGUGGCUGCUAAAUGAUUAUUCCAUGUAUGUUUUUCAAACUACUUAGUGAUUUAUAUUUUUAAAAAGGCUGUGAAAUAAAAAAAAAUAAUUAUAUGUAACUCA